AUGAACAGAGGUCAUUGCUGUAAUAUACAUUAAGGUUAUCCUAUUUUAUAUAUCAGUUUAUUAGAAAACGAAAAAGAAAAAUUAUAAUGUGCCAGAUGUAUAUCAAAUAAAAAAAUGUAAGUUGAACUUUUACUUUUACAGGAUGUCAGUGAAUUUGAUAGCAACUAAUUUUUUGAAAUUUGGCCUCCACUUUCUAAUGAAUCAUUAAGAAAAGAUAUAAUUGACUUAAAAAGUAAAGAAACAGACUUCAAUUAAUUAAUAGAAGAAUUUUACGAAUCUCUAACUAAAGAAGUAAUUUAGAUAAUUUCUUAGAAAAAGAAAGAAUAGCUAAUAUAAGCCUCAAAGGUUUACUAAUAAAAGUCUGAGUUAAUUGAAUAAUAUCAGCAAAUGGCAUAAAUUGAUAAAAUGAAAGAAUGUCUUGUUUAAGAAAAUCAAUAAACUGAUAAAAUUGAAUAAGAUCUAAAAGAGCAUAUCAAUUCCCAAUUCUAAAAAAAAGAUUAAUAUACCUCUCAACUUUCUUAUAUGAUGAAAUAAUAUGAAUUAAUUAGUAAACUGGAUGAUGUAAGAACUGCUCAACUGAAAGCAAAUAUUUUUGAAAUUUUAAAAGCUGUUAAUCUUUUACCUUAAAAUAAUUUUAAUUUUGGAACUGAAAAUGAAGAAUUAAGAAUUGAAAAUAUAGAAGCUUACAAGAAAAAAAUAGAAGAAGAACUUUAAAUUAACAAAUAAGAUCAGAUAAAAACGGAAAUUUUAAUAGAUUAGCUUAAUCUUUGUAAAAAUGAAUUAAUUUAAAGAAUGAAUCAAAAAGAUUGGUUUUUAGAUAAUUUCUUAAAAGAAUAAUAGACUUUUAUAUUAAAUAAUUAACUCAAUUAAGUGCAAUUUAUCAAAGAUAUUUAUAGAAAUACAAAUGAUUUAUAAAAUUUGAUGACCAAUCAUAUUUAGAAACUAGGAUAAAAAGAUUUCAAAUAUUUCAGUGAAUUAAAUUAUAACUUAAAACUAAAAAAUGAAGAUGUUUUCAUUUUUUCAACAAAUAAUAAUUCUUCAAAUUACAUUUUAACUAAUAAAAAAUCUAAAUUUAUGGUAGAAAGGGUUAAAUAUGGAAAUUAUAAUGUCCAGUGUUUUCUUAAUUUUACUUUUAACCCAAAAAAAAAAUAUAUAUUUAAAAUUAAUUUCUUCAAAUCAGAAUAAAAUUCAACAUUUUAUUUUGGAUUAAUAACAGUUAAUAAUCUACACAUAAAAGAUUUAGAUGAAGAAGGAUUGGGGUUUAGAAUAGGCAACUAAUAAAAAUAAUCAUUGCUGUUUGGUGGCAGUUUAUUUGCCAAUAAUGCCAUAAAUUAAAAUUUUAAUUUAAAUAAUAAUGUAACUUUAGAGUUCAGAUUUUGUUUAGAAAGUAAUCUAAUUUAAUAUAGAUACUGUAAUAAUGAUUCUUAAUUUUAAAAUGUAUAGAAUAAUAAUUAAAUUAAAACUGACCAAAAGUAUUAUUUUGGUGUUUAAUUUUUUAGCAAUAAUGUAGGAGAUAUGUUUGAAAUAAUAGAAUUAGAAGAAUUAAAUGAAUUCCCAGAUAAUUGA